AUGUUGACGUGCCGUCUGCUGUGCGCCCUGUUGGUGCUCGCCCUGUGCUGCUGCCCGUCCGUGUGUGUGACAACGGUUGAUGAGAAUCAGGAUGUUGCAAGUUCAGACACUCUUGCGCCAAAGGCAUCAGUCGAGACGGAACAGACAUCAGGGACGCCCGAUAAUCUGAAGGGAGGAAGCCAGAACAAUGCGGGUCAGACGUCCAAUCCGACGACUGAUAAGGAACAGACACUAGAAUCUCACAGUGCGCCACAGACACACGAUGGUGCGCCCGUUACGGCGGUGGGACAAAUUACAACCAAUCCGGAGCAGCCACCUACUUGGGUCACUGAGUCGGCAAACAAAGCGAAAGAGAGGCCCCUUAAUUUGGAACUGACAGGUAAAGCCGAUGCGCAGCAGCCAACAAGUGUGACUGCUAUAAUGAAGGUAUCAGAUAGCGAUGCCACUGCGCCAGGUACAACGACUACCACAACAACCACCGCGCCAGAGACACCAAGUAAUACGGCGACGAAUACAGAGGCGCCAACCACGACGACGACUACCACAACAACAACCACAGAGGCACCAAUCAUUACAUCUACGGAAGCACCAACCACGACGACCACCCGAGGGCCGUCACAUCUUCGCGAAACUGACGGCAGCCUCAGCAGCUCUGCGUGGGUGUGUGCCCCGCUGCUGCUUGCCGUAUCCGCGCUGGCGUACAACACUGUGGGCUGA